CUUGUUCCGUUUUCAAAAUUGAUCAUCCCAUAAAACAUUUUCAUUAACUUUUGUAACGGGUUAAAUAUGAAAUUGAUUUUAGGCAACAAAUAAUAACAAAUGAGAUACUGAGAUUAUACAAAAUAGACAAAUUCCAAAGAAAUGUUUAACCAAUGAAUUAUUGUUAAUUGUUAUAUAACAAUUAUCCGAAAUAGUAUUAGAUUUUCUUUCUUUCUUAAUAUAUAAGUUUCUUAUCGAACCUAUUUCAGAUAAUAGAGACUGUGUACCAUUAACUAUAGUAAGGUUGUGAAAACAAGUGUGAAAGUUGAUAAUUCUGUACGGUGCUUGUCAGUUCUCAAUGUCAAAACUUUCCAAAAAUUCCAAAGAUGAAAAAAGUGACAGAAUUGAAUGGAGAAGAUGUAAAACGUUAUAACUACCUGACAAUUUAUAACAAAGACUACGUAAAGAAAACUCCCAAACCUGCUAGUAAAUUCACAGGAGAGCAGGAGUUCAAGGAUCCGGUUAAUGAAGGAUUUAGGAACUAUCUGGAAAUUGAUAAACUACAUUUGGAAAAACCACUUGAAGAUGGAGAUGUUUUCUUAAACAAGGUGAAAGAAGAUCGCAAGAAGAUUGGAAAGAUGUAUUUUGAAUCACCUUUGGACCACUUGACUAUUAAAGGAAAAAAACUUUUAGAAGGAAAAUCUAUUUAUCAAGUCGAUUAUUGCGACAUAGAGGAAGAUAUUAGAAAAAAACUGAGACAUGCAAGUACAGAAAAAUACAGUUUACCCAAAGGCUGGCAGAUUCCUCUAACAACUCAUCAUUGUGACUUCAGAGAUCCAAUGGUCCUCAGUGAAAAUGCUUUAGUUCCACCGUUCAUAAUCAAACCAAUCGGAAACCUUGGCCAAAAUGAAAAAAUAAACGAUAUACUGAAUGUGAAAACUGGCGAUAGCGAAUACAACCAGACAUAUGGAGAAUUGGGAGGAUUUAUUGUGGAACAGCAAAUGCACGGAAAAAUUGAUCAUCCAAAAUGUACUUGUCUGAAACAUAAUGCAGACAAAAUAUAAUCAGGUUUUUCUAUAAUCGAUGAAUUGGGAAACAUCUAAAUGGAAUUGUGUUUGUAAUCAGGAAUGAAAUUAAAUUGUGUAACGUCA